AUGGCAACAACAACUGAAGAUUGUGGUAGUACAACAAUUACUAUAGCUGAAACUGAUCAAGCUGCUCGUCCACAUUCACCAACACUGAUACUUGAAUUGCAUCGUCCAACUGAAACUGGUCCACGAGUUCGUUGGUCUGAAGGAACUGUUGAUAAUGAGUAUAUGAAUAAAAAAAAGUCAAAAUGUUGUUGUAUAUAUACAAAACCACAUGAUCCUCAAACAAAUGAUGAUAAAAUAACUGAAGUUGAUGAAUAUAAUAAUUGUCAACAUUGUCGAUAUCAUACAGAAUCGGAUUAUGCAGCUAAAUCAGAAGAACGUCAACCGAAAGUUAAAUUAAUUAUUGGUCAACCAAAAUAA